AACUGCAUAUAAACAGAAGUCCUUCAAGAUUCAUUGCAAUUCAGCUUUCCCUGUUGAACAGUUUUAAUUUGAAAAUGAAAUUGGCACUUUUCGUAAGCGUCCUCUAUUUGUUGAGUGUUGGUGUUGAAUCUUCACCUCAGACGACAAAAUGGCAACCAAUUUCUGUUUUGGCAAAGAGAGCAAUCUUAGCUGCAAGUACGGCUGCUGAAUUUCUGGAAGUUGAUUAUAUCAGCCUGUUAAAAGCAUGGGUAAAUGUGGAGGUUCAACAUCCAAACGACGAAUACCGGGUCAUAUUCAAAGCUAGAUGUCAGUAUGGCAUAUUGAAACGAUGUCAAGCGGAUGUUCUUUUGCAAGGCUUCACCGGCAAAGUUUCCAACGCAUCCUGCUGGGAGCCUACCGAGGAAGCAAAAGCACAAUACUUCGGUUAACAUCGAAUAAGUUCUUUUGUUUCAAGAAAUAUAGGCCACUGGUCGAAUAAACACAAAACAGCAAUACAAUUAAACAAGGGUGACGAACUGCAACAAUAAAUUUAAAGGAUUAAAUAAUUCAAUAAUUUAACUACAAAAAGCUCUUUUAAUCUUAUAUAUUACACAGUAUAAAUGUUGCACAAUUUAUAUUUCUUUUGUCUGUUUUUAUUGAUAACAUGAAAAAAUAAAAUUUUAAGAGAA